AUGGAAGGCUCAGACUAUGAGAGGGAUGGGGUUGAGAGUGAGGAAGAAGAGGAGUAUGAGAGGAGGGAAGAGCAGAGGAGUGAGGAUGAGGAAGGGGAGAGGAGUGAGGAGGAAGAAGAGGAGGAAGAGGAGGACGAAGUACCAGUGGUGCUGGCUGCUGGUCCGUUUGUGAGAACACCAGUUGGAUCAGCGAUUGCAGCUGCAAGGUGGGAUGGGAGUAACGAAGAGUACUCUAGAGGGGAAGGAGAGGGGGAGAGUGAGGAGGAAAGGGAUGAGGUGGAUGAGGAGGAGAGAGAUUUGAGUGUGGAGCGGGAGGAAAGUGGGGGAGAGAGUGAGGUAGAGGAGGAAGGUGAUAGGGAGAGUGAGGAUGGGAGGCAAGGUGAGAGUGAGGAGGAAAGUGAGGAGGGGAGUGAGGGGGGGCGUGAGGAGGGAACUGAGGAGGGUAGAGAGGGGAGGAGGGAUGGAGAAGGCAUGCAUGCAGAGGUGGGAGGUGAGGAGGGAAGGGAUGGGAAACGUGGGAUGUCAGAGGGUGAGAGUGGAAGUGUGAGUGGGAGAGAGAGUGAGAAAGAGAAUGGGAGUGAGAGUGAGAAUGAGAGUGGGAGUGAGAGUGGGAGUGAGAGAGAGGACGACAGCCAUGGAGGGGCAGAGAUGUUGAGAGAAGCAGAGGGGGUUCGAGAAGGAGACAUGUAUGGGGAUGGGAUGCAUGAGGAUGAGAUGCAUGAGGAUGAGAUGCAUGGGGAUGGGAUGCAUAGGGAUGGGUCAUCAUUGCACGAGAGUGACGAUGGGGAGGGGAGCGUGAGUGAGAGUGAGGAGAUGCAUGGGGUGCGUGGGAUGGAAGAAAUGGAGGGAAUGGUUGGUAGUUUCGAUAGGGAUGGUGGAGGAGAUAUGUAUGAGGAUGGGGAGAGUGGUGAGGUGAAUGAUGGGCGGAAGGAUGGAGAGCAGGAGAUGUAUGGGGAUGGGGUGGAUGGGGAGGAUGGGCGCAGUGAGGGGGAGGAUGGGCGCAGUGAGGGGGAGGAUGGGCGCAGUGAAGGGGGUUUAUCAAGAGAAGAAGAUGAGGAUGAGGAAGAGGAAGAGGAAGAGGAAGAGGAGGAAGAGGAGGAAGAGGAUGUAGCAGGGCAAAGGUACGCACAGGAGAGUGAUGGAGGGGAAGGAGGGAUGGAGAGGAGUGGAGAGUGGGAGAGGAGUAGAGAGAUGGAAAGGAGUGGAGAAAUGGAGAUGAGUGGAGAGAUGAUGGGUGGAGAGGUGGGUGGUUCACACAUAGGAGGAGAUUCAGGUGCAUGGGGCCAGGCUGAGGCUGAGGGGGAAUCUGGAGAGGGGGAGUCAGAGGAGGAGGGGUCAGAAGAUGGGGGACCGGAAGAGGAGGGAUCGGAAGAGGGGGGAUCGGAAGAGGGGGGAUCGGAAGAGGGGGGAUCGGAAGAUAUGAGAUCAAGAGGAGAGAGCAUGGAUGGGGAAGAGGAUACGUAUGGGGAUGGCACUGCUGCAGGGUUCUUGGGAGAUGAAAUGGGGCAUGCACAGCAUGGGAUGGACCAAUCAGGAGGUGACACGGGCAUGGGCAUGGACAUGGGGGGAUCAGUAGACUCUGAGAGUGAUGGUUAUGAUGGGAUGGGUCAUUCGGGGGAAGUGCCUGAAAUCUCAGGUGAAAUUUCAGGUGGUUUUAUGCACCAGGUGGGCCAGAUGCAGGAUGGGAGGUCUGGCCCCUAUUCAGGGUAUUCAGGCGUGGCAGCUUCAGGGGAGGUUUUAACCCCGGGGGAUGUUGGGUGGCAGUCGGGAGGAGAAGAAGCAGAGAGAGGGCUUGGGGAUGAUGGUCGUGAUUCAGGAGAUGACAUGGAUGGUUCUGAAGAUGAAACGAGGGAGUUUGGAGAUGAAACAAAGGAGAUUGAGGAUGGAACAGGCGAGUUUCGGGAUGGAACGAGGGAGUUUGAAGAUAAUACGAGAGAGCCUGAGGAUGAAACGAGGGGAUCCGAGGAUGAAGCGAGGGAGUUUGAGGAUGGAACGAGGGAGUUUGAGGAUGAAACGAGGGAGCCUGGGGAUGAAACGAGAGAGUUUGAGGAUGAAACGAGGGGAUCUGAGGAUGAAACGAGGGAGUUUGAGGAUGAAACGAGGGAGUUUGAGGAUGAAACGAGGGAGCCUGGGGAUGAAACGAGAGAGUUUGAGGAUGAAACGAGGGGAUCUGAGGAUGAAACGAGGGAGUUUGAGGAUGGAACGAGGGAGUUUGAGGAUGAAACGAGGGAGUUUGAGGAUGAAACGAGGGAGUAUGAGGAUGAAACGAGGGAGUUUGGAGAUGAAAUGGGGCAUGAUAAGGGUGAAGCUGGCAACAUGCGAAUUGCAAUGGAGCAGUCAGGAGAGUCCGUGGAGCAAUUUGGAGAUGAAACGAGUCAGUCAGAAGAUGAAACGAGUCAGCUAGGAGAUGAAACGGGUGAGUUUGAAGGGACUGGGGAGUACAGAGGAGAGCACAUGGAGAGGGGUGAAGGAGAGGAGGGGAGUGCGAGUGAGGGAGAGAGGAGUGAGGAUGAGAGUGAGGGAGAGUUUGGGGGAGAGAGGAGUGAGGGAGAGAGGAGUGAGGGAGAGAGGAAUGAGGAGAGCGAAGGAGAGAUUGAGGGAGAGAGGAUUGAGGGAGAGAGUGAGGAAGAGAGGAGUGAGGAGGGGAGUGAGGGAGAGCUUGAGAGAGAGGAGAGUGAGGGAGAGAGGAUUCAGGGAGAGAGUGAAGAAGAGGGCAGUGAGGGGGAAAGAGAGGGAGAGAUUGAGAGAGAAGGGAGUGAGGGAGAGAGUGAGGAAGAGAGGAGUGCAGAAGAGAGGAGUGAGGAAGAGAGGAGUGAAGGGGAGAGGAGAGAGGAAGAGAGUGAGGGAGAGAUGACUGAGGAGGGCCGCUGGGCAGAAGAGAGCGGUGGUGUGGAUGGGGAAGAGGGUGGGUCGAGUGGGAGUGAUUGCGGUGAGGUGGUAGCAGCUACGAUGGUGGAGGAAGAUGAGGAUGAGGAGGAGGAAGGAGAUGAGGAGGACGAGGAGAGUGGAGAGGAAGAGAUGGGAGGAGGGAGUGAGAUGGGAGAAGGUGAGAGCGCAGGAGGAUGGGUGGAGAGCGGUGAGGGAGAGGUUGGAGAGAGAGGACUGGAGGGUACGUGGGGCAUGCAGAAUGGAAUGGAAUCCGGUGGCAUGGGUAUGGGUGCGGAUGGCAUGGGUAUGGGUGCGCAUGGCAUGGGUAUGGUUGCGCAUGGCAUGGGUAGGGGUGCAGAUGGCAAAAGUGUGAGUUCAGUCGGCAUGGGUGUGCAUUCAGAUGGUGGUGUGGAUAUGAAGUUUGGGGUACUGGGUUCCAUUGGUAAGGGCACCCUUGGUGGGACUGAGGCGAGCCUUGAAGGGAGUGAAGGAGGGGAGGUACGGGAAGAGGAGGGGAGAAAUGCAGUUGAGAGAGGGCAUGGCGUGGGGAGUGAUGAGGAGAGUGAGAAAGAGAGUGAGGAAGAUGAGUGGGAGAAAGAGGGUGAGGGCCGAGGCUUGGAGAAUGGUCCAGUCUUGUGGAACGAACCACAAGGAGGCUCGGAGGAUGGCUCGGACCGAGCCUCGGAUGUGGGAGAAGGGAAUGGAGUAGCAGGGUCUGACGAGGAUGCUGAUGACGUGGCAGAGGCUGACGUGGCGGGUAAAAUGGCAGGUGAUUUGCCAGGUGAGCCGCCACGCGAGGUGUCAGGUGAUUUUGGAGUUUCAGGUGAGAAUGGUGUUUCAGGAGGGGAGGUGGCCGUGGCAAAUGUCACCACCACCGGUUUGGAGAGUCAUGCCAUGGCAAAUGUGGCUGGUAUCGACACGGAACGGUUGGAUGUCACUGGUGGGGCAGAUGUCACCACCACCACCGUUGUUCCUCCUGGGAAUGCGUUGGUGCAGUCUCAGCAGUCCCUGCCGCCAGGCAGCAAGUUCGAGGGGUCUAGUGGGAUGGCAAUAGCAGCAGCAGCAGCAGCAGCAGUUGCAGCAGCACCAGCGUUGGCAGCACAGGCAGCAGCAGGAGGGCAGGAGUCAGUACCAUCAGCAGCCGUAACUGUGCCAGCAGGAGCAGCGCCAGCAGAAGGAGCAGGAGCAGCGGCAGCAGCAGCACCACCAGAAGCAGCAGCAACUGCAAAAGUGGGAGGAGCAGCAGCAGGGGUGGCGAAGGUAGAGCCUUCGGUGCUAGAAGUAGCAGCAGAUGGGAAGAACAAGCAGCAACAGGUGCAGCAGCAGCAGCAGCAGCAGCAGCAGCAGGAGAGUGUGCAGAAGAGUGGGUGGGUGUCAUGGAUGGGAGGUGCAGUGGCAAGCCUGCUCGCCACUCAUGUGCGCAAACCCUCUGUUGACGUCUCAGCACUGCAGGCUGCAGCUCCUCCUCCUCAAGUAUCACCUGAGAAAGCACCUGAUGUUACUGCACCUGCGGGUGUUACGGCACCUGAUGUCAGGAAAGGUGGACUUUCAGCAGUGCAAGAGCUGCCUUCUAAGGAGGAUACAGGCACCCUCUCAACUGGGAAUGGCCCCUUGCCACUAGAGCACAGCAAGGCUCUUGAGACGCUGCAAACGGCUCCACCACACCAUGCAGCCCCUGCCAUUCCUUCAGAAGCAUCAUCGCUAUCUGUCACAUGCCCUGAUCCCGUUUCCCACACCGCCUCCGCCCAGCCUGCCCCUGCCAAACUUGCUCUUGCCGAGCCUGCCGCUGCCGAGCCUGCGUUUCUCCUUGGGAAGAUGCCCAAUGGGUAUGCUAGUAUGGGGGCAAGCGAGGGAAGCGAGGGGAGUGGAAGGAGCAAGGAAAGCGAGGGUGAAAAGAGUGAGGGGAGUGAGGGGGGUGAAGGGGGUGAAGGGGGUGAAGGGGGUGAAGGGGGUGAAGGGGGUGCGGGGAGUGAGGGCUUGGAGCGUGGUGGCAGUAACAUGAGUGAAGAGAGGAUAGGCGAUAUGUAUGGUGAGGGUGAGGGUGGUAAUUCUGGUGGGGAGGAAGGGGAUAUGUAUGAUGAGGGUGGUGAAAGUGAUAAUUCUGAUUGGGAGGAAAGAGAUAUGCAUGGUGGGGAGAGAAGUGAAAUGUAUGGUGAGGGUGAGAGUGAUAAUUCUGGUGGGGAGGAAGGGGAUAUGUAUGGUGAGGAGGGAGCAGAGGAGUUAAGUGGGGUGCAGCAACCAUCAGAUGAACGAUGGAGAGGAGAAUCUGGAGAGAGAAGGUCAGAAGAAGAGAGGGGAUCAGAGGAAGACAGGUCAGAAGAAGGGGAGUCGGAGGAGGGGCAAGGAUCAGAAGAGGAGGCAUCAGAUGAAGGGAGGUCAGAAGAGGGAGAGUCAGAAGGGGAGGAGCGAGAGGAGGGAGAGGAGCGAGAGGAAGGAGAUUCACAGGGCGAGUUGGCUGAGAGGCGUGAUGAGUGGGGCGGGGAGAGAGGCUCGGGUGCAGAGUGGGAGGAUGGGCUAGAGGGACAGUCGCAGGAUGAGGGCGAGGAGGAAGAGGAAGAUGAUGAGGAAGAAGGACGAAGGCAUGGCCAUGGAGAGGGGUUUUCAAGGCCGUGGGAGCAGCAGGGCGGGUGGGAGGGACAGGAGAGUCAGGAGGAGGAAGAGGAGGACGAGAAAGAAGAGGAGGAAGAGGAAGAUGAGGAAGAGGAGGGGGACAGGCAAUGGGGAGGUGAGUCCUGGGGCGGACAAGGAGGAGGAGAGGAGGGGAGGUAUCUUGAAGGGGAUGAUGGGAGGGCCGUGGGUUUGAACCAAGAAGAGGAUGGGGAGUCGGAUGUGAUGAGCGAUGGUAGACACGACGUGGGUUCGUUCGAGCAGCAGGAGGAUGAUCGUGAAUUGGAUGAGCAUAGUGGUGAGCAAAGUGGUGAGCAAAGUGGUGAGCAAAGUGGUGAGCAAAGUGGUGAGCAAAGUGGUGAGCAUAUAGAGGUGGGUGCUGAUGGUGUGGAUAUGGGGUGGGAUGAGGGGGGGAGUGAAGGGAGCUUUGUUGGGAGGAGUGAGGAGAGGAGUGAGGAGGAGAGGGAUGAGGAGGAGAGGAGUGAGGAGGAGGAGAGGAGCGAGGAGGAGAGGAGUGAUGAAGAAAGGAGUGACGAGGAUGAGGAGGGGAGGAGUGAGGAGGAAAUGCAGAGGGGAGAGAGCAUGAGGAGUGAGAGUGUUGAUGAGGCGGAGCAGGUAGAGGAGUGGGAGGAAGAGGGAGGGAGCGAAAGGGGCGGUGGCGGUGACAUGUAUAGUGGUGCUGGCAUGGAGGAAGAGUCUGAGGAAGGGGAUAGGGAUACGCAGGAUGAAGAGGAGGAGGACGAAGAUAGGGAGACGGAGGAGGAAGAGGAGGAGGAUGGGGACGAGCGGCAGGCGGAGCAGGAGCAGGAUGAAGAGGAGGAGGAGAAACGUUAUGGCAACUCUUUCCCUCCACCCUCCCAUCCCGCCAACUCCUCCCAUGUCAACAACAUGGCUCCAUUGCCACCCUCGCUCCCAUCAGGUCUUGCUUCCCGCCUCCAGUCCUUCUCCCCCUAUGCCCGCGUGACCUCAUGGCAUGCUGAUGAUCCCCACUCCAUGCCGCGAGCCUUGGGGGGAGUGGGAGGUGCUGGCGGCAUGGGAAGGAUGGGGAAUGGGGUGAUGGCGCAGGGUAAGGCAGUGCGGAGUCUUAGCAACAGGGAUUAUAACGCGGGGGUUGAGCAGGGUAAGGCAGUGAGGAGUUACAGCAAUAGGGAUUACCAGGGAGGGGGGGUAGAGUAUGGUAAAGCCAUGCGGAGUUAUAGCAACAGGGAUUACCAAGGUGGAAAUGCGCAAGGCACGGCGCUUCGGAGUUUCAGCAACAGGGAUUUCAGUGUGGGAAGGAGAAACGGGGUGGAGGGAGAGGGAGGGGGAGGGGGAGGAGCAGGGCAAGAUGGGGUGUGGAAGGAAGGAUGGAGGCCGUUUCAGGGUGUUUCGGUGCAAGCUGUGGGGUCACGGCUUGGCAUUCGAGGUGCUGGUGUUGCUGGGGAUGGCGUGGGUGGAGCAGGGUCGAGGAAAGUGGUAGAUGGGGAGGUAGAGGGAAGGGAUGAGGAGCAGGGAAGACUGUGGGAGGAAGCGGAGGAGGAGGAGGAGGAAGAGAAAGAGGAGGCAUUGCAGGAGGGUAGGUUGUGGGAAGAAGCGGAGGAGGAGGAAGAAGAGGAGGAGAAAGAGGAUGAGGCAGAGGAGGAGGGUAGAUUGUGGGAGGUAGCAGAGGAGGAAGAGGAGGGAAAGGAGGGAGGGUUAAGGGAGCAGGAGGGAUCCCGGCAGUUGCUAUGGAAUGAGGGUGAAGCUAUAGAAGAGGGGAGUGAGGAGCAGGAGCAGAGUGAGGGGGAUGAGGCGAGUGAGGAAGGUAGGGGAAUUGAGGGAGUGAAGGGAGUGAGGGGAGUGAGGGGAGUGAGGGGAGAGAGGAACAGCAGAGGGAGCGAGAUGUUGGACGAGCAACUGGAGAGGAUUGGGGAGGAGGGAGUGGACGAGGGAGAGGGGGAGUUAGAGGGAGAAGGAGAGGAAGGAGACGGGAUGAGGGGGGUAAAGGAAAGGAUGGAAGGCAAGCUAUGGUCUGAUGAUGAGGAGGAAGAAGAGGAAGAAGAAGAGGAGGAGGAGGAGGAGGAGGAGGAAGAGGAGGAAGAGGAGGUCCAGAAGGGCACAUGGUCACUCGGGAGGGAUUGA